AUGUCUAUGUUAAGUUUAUUAAUGGUGAUUACGACACACGGUUUAUUCAGAUCUCUGCGGACUAUUCCUGGGUGGAACAAUAUUCUUUUAUCAGUAUGUCUUUUGUUCGCGCAAAUUUUGCUUCAAUAUUCUGCAUCAGUCGACCGAAAUAGCAAGUUUCAUAACUGCCUCGUUAUAGGCAUUCUUUUACACUUCACCUGGCUCGCUACAUUUUUCGCCAUGAACGUUUGUUCAUUUCACAUGUAUUAUGUGUUUUCGUCCAAAGCGUUAACAACCUCACACAGCAACACUAAACGAACGCUAUUCAAAUAUAUUGCAUGGGUCGUUGUAAUGCCUAAAAUUAUUAUAGCAGCGGUUAUUGGUAUCAACAUGGCCGCUUCGAAUUCCCUCGGUUAUGGAAACACCGUUUGCUUUCUCGAUACUAUAUAUGAUGUUGCCUUUGGUUUCAUUACUCCUGCUUGUUUGAUAUUUGUUUCGAAUUUUGCUUUCUUUUUAAUUACAUUUUGCAAGAUUCACAGGUCCCCAACACUACAGAGCAACAUGGAAGGAAGACGCGACCUCGUUAUCUAUCUAAAACUUUGCACCAUCACCGGUCUGGCUUGGCCUUUACUUUUGGUCGACGCAAUCUUUGAUUUAUCAUGGUUUUCGUUUAUUGCUGUAACUGUGAACGGGCUUCAAGGCUUCUUUAUAUUUUUGGCUUUUGUGUGUAACGAACGAGUACUGAAUUUGUACACUGGCUCUCUCCGCCGAGAUUCAUCGUCACAAACAACCACGAAAGGCAAUCAGAUAGUGUCAAGGUCUAACACUAUACGUUCAAGAUCAUUAAAGCUUAAAAAAUAUAAUGACUAA